GGCUCACCCUGGUGCUCACCCACUUCUGGGCCAAGAAGAUUCUGACUCAGUUGAGGAGAUGGCUGGUUCCACCCAACAGAUUUCCAAAGAUGAACUUGAAGAACUGAGGGAGGCCUUUGCAAAAGUCGAUCUCAACAGCAAUGGAUUCAUUUGUGACUAUGAACUUCACGAGCUUUUCAAGGAAGCAAACAUGCCACUACCAGGCUACAAAGUAAGAGAAAUUAUCCAGAAACUCAUGAUUGAUGGCGACAAGAAUAAAGAUGGCAAGAUCAGUUUUGAUGAAUUCGUUUUGAUUUUCCAAGAGGUCAAAAGUAGUGACAUCGCGAAAACUUUUCGGAAGGCCAUCAACAGGAAGGAAGGCAUCUGCGCCCUGGGAGGGACGUCAGAAUUGUCCAGUGAAGGGACCCAGCAUUCAUAUUCAGAGGAAGAAAAAUAUGCUUUUGUGAACUGGAUAAAUAAGGCCUUGGAAAAUGAUCCUGACUGCAGGCAUGUUAUCCCCAUGAACCCAAACACAGAUGACCUUUUCAAAGCUGUCGGAGAUGGAAUUGUGCUCUGUAAAAUGAUCAACCUUUCCGUUCCAGACACAAUUGAUGAAAGAGCAAUCAAUAAGAAGAAACUUACACCCUUUAUCAUUCAGGAGAACUUAAACUUGGCAUUAAAUUCGGCCUCUGCAAUUGGGUGCCACGUGGUCAACAUUGGGGCCGAGGACUUACGGGCCGGAAAGCCCCACCUGGUCCUGGGCCUGCUUUGGCAAAUCAUUAAGAUUGGCUUGUUUGCCGAUAUUGAGCUCAGCAGAAAUGAAGCCUUAGCAGCCUUACUCCGAGAUGGCGAGACCUUGGAGGAUCUCAUGAAGUUAUCUCCAGAAGAACUGCUGCUCCGUUGGGCCAACUUUCAUCUGGAAAACUCGGGCUGGCACAAAAUCAACAACCUUAGCUCUGACAUCAAGCUCAUUGACUUCAGUAAUUCAGUAAAGGAUUCCAGAGCCUACUUCCAUCUUCUAAAUCAGAUUGCUCCAAAAGGCCAGAAAGAAGGGGAACCCCAGAUUGACAUUAGCAUGGCCGGUUUCAAUGAAAAGGAUGACCUAAAGAGAGCCGAGUACAUGCUCCAGCAGGCAGAUAGACUGGGCUGCCGACAGUUUGUCACCCCAGCUGAUGUUGUCAGUGGCAAUCCCAAACUGAACUUGGCUUUUGUGGCAAACCUGUUUAACAAGUACCCAGCACUCACCAAGCCUGAGAACCAGGACAUCGAUUGGACGCUACUUGAAGGAGAAACGCGAGAAGAAAGGACUUUCCGUAACUGGAUGAAUUCUCUUGGUGUUAACCCUCACGUAAACCAUCUGUAUGGUGACCUGCAAGAUGCCCUGGUCAUCUUACAGCUGUAUGAAAGGAUUAAAGUCCCCGUUGACUGGAAUAAGGUCAACAAGCCUCCGUACCCUAAGCUUGGUGCCAACAUGAAAAAGUUGGAAAACUGCAACUAUGCCGUGGAUUUGGGGAAGCACCCUGCCAAGUUCUCCCUGGUUGGCAUUGGUGGACAGGAUCUGAAUGAUGGCAACCCAACCCUGACACUAGCUGUGGUCUGGCAGCUUAUGAGAAGAUACACACUGAAUGUCUUGGAAGAUCUUGGUGAUGGCCAAAAAGCUAACGAUGACAUCAUCGUGAACUGGGUGAACAGAACACUAGGGGAAGCUGGGAAGUCAACCUCCAUCCAGAGCUUUAAAGACAAGACAAUCAGCUCGAGUUUGGCGGUUGUGGAUUUAAUCGACGCCAUCCAGCCAGGAUGCAUUAACUACGACUUAGUGAAGAGCGGGAACCUGACUGAAGAGGAUAGGCACAACAACGCCAAGUAUGCCGUGUCGAUGGCCAGGAAGAUCGGAGCCAGGGUCUACGCUCUUCCUGAAGACCUCGUGGAAGUGAAACCGAAGAUGGUUAUGACAGUAUUUGCCUGCUUGAUGGGCAGAGGGAUGAAGAGGGUAUAAAAGAGUCCAUCCAAAUGCAAACAGAAACCCUUGCCUCCCCCACCCUCCUCUCCCCUCCCUGCAUGACUCCCAGAUCAACUAUUUCUAGGAAGAAAUGCUGUUGGCUUACGGACUGUUGACCUUUAAAGGACUUUUCGUCGUCAUCACCACCACCGUCGUCAUCUGAGUUCUCAGGGAGAGAACACACGGGGAAAGUCCAUUUGUCAAGAGCGCAUAAAAUGGAUUCCUCGCCAAACCAUUGGCCUCUCUCCCCCUAGAACGCCGUGCCGCAAGUUCCCAAUCGCUAUAUGUUAUUUCUGUAUUUUCCCACUAGGGUUUACUCCAACCGAUUGGUCUGAUCCUGCUAGGCAGUAAUUCACAUUUUACCCAUCAGCUUAGUUCUCCAUCCGGGACCCCUUGGGGAUUAUUUUUGUAGAUUUGAAGCUGCUUAACAGAAAGGACUCGAAGAUUGCAUCAGGUCAGGUUCUCGUAUUUCUAAGGAUCGCUGUCCUUCAGUGUUCUUUCUCCGUGGUGCUUUUUUGUACAUCAAAAGGUUUUGGCUCCUUUAUAAACAAGACUGCAACAGUCUUGGCUCCCCCUUCCUCCCCUUCCCUCCCCCCUACUUUUUUUAAACACCUCUUCGAGGUAGAAUACAGCCGUUAGGGAGUGGGGAAUGUGUCUUAAACCUUCGUCUGCUUUUCCAAGUGUAGACAACUAUCAGACGCCACAAACGAAACGAUUUCCUGGAUCCAUUUGGGGAUGGGUUUGAUCCAAGUCUUUUCCUUUUUUAAAAAAUUGAAAAUGCUGUUGAAUAGAAGAUAUUUUUGAGGGGAGGGAGUGCUAUGAAUAGCUGAAGUCAGUCUAGGGUAGAGGCGGUGUGCUGAUUCAAAAAAUAAAUACACUUGUGGUCUUUCCACCUAAAACAAGGAGCAGGGAUCACCAAAGAAGGAAGAAAAAUGUACCCAUAGUCUUAAUGUACUCUUGCUUUGGCAAGCUGUUUGCUCUAUUUUCAAGGUCAUAUUGUUAUUCUAAGCUAUUAAAAGUGAUGUAAUUUGGUGGCAAAUAUUAGUUCAAAUAAAAGACAUUUAA